AUUUUAGUACACUGUAAUUUGAAAAUAUAUAAUAAACCAGAACUUUGACAAUACGAAGAAACUUUCCUAGAAUUACCAGACAAACAAAUAACAAUUUGUCAUAACAACUGAAAUAGUGCUAUAGUUGACCAAAACUUGGACAAUUUCGUUAAUAACAUUAAGUUCAGCUUGGUAGUCGUAAUCGCGGAAACAUUUCACAUAGGCCCUACAACAAAACCUCCCGACUGGCCACCCUAUAUCAUCAUUAUAGAGUAACGCGGUACUGUGAAAGCUGCGUAUAUCAUCGCGGUAAUCCGCAUCAAAUACGUUUAUAUUGUAGCAUAGAGUAACCACAAAAAAACCAUGACCUUUGCCACUGGUGUUUGUCCACUAAUGCCUCCAAAGACCUCGAAUUUCGUGUUUGGAAGCCGGCGGUGGCGUCCGCGACCGUUAGUUGCGUGCCGACCGCCGACGCGAGCGUACGUCCACUCACGAACAUUCCCCUCACCCUCGGAGAGCCCUUCACACGAAAAAGUUGCAUACAGUGAACAAACACAGUUCGUGUAUAAGUGUUGUUGUAUUAUGUAGCACAGUGAUGUUUGCCUAUAGCAGACCUCUUGGGUAGUCUGUUCGCGCCAAUGGCAGUCUCGUCUUGGAGGUAAAUAUUGACAAAAACCGGGACUGAUGGUCCUCGCGGCCAUCGUCCGCUGCCGGAUAAGUAUUUGCUGAACGUUCGAACGGCUUCCAUUCCAUUUCCCCGCGAUUUGAUUUGCAUUUUGUUUGAUCAUUGAACGCAUACGAUUUGGACGCCUUUUCUCUAAAUAAUGCCGACCAAAGCAAACGCAUAAAAUAUUGGCACUUAUUUUUUGAAAGACCCGAUUUUAAUUCGUUGUUUACCGUAACCAAAAUAUUUUUUAUGAGUCGUGCGUUUAAAUUUAAGCGCGUGGUUUUAAGUUGUUGGUAUAUUGUCGCGUCCGAUAUGUAAAUGUAAAGUGCGAGCGGGCCGCGCCGGCUCGUGGGUACACGGCAUCAACAAAGAUAUGAAUUAAAGUGUUCUUUUAUAUUUUGCCGUUAAAGUUCCAGACGGGCUUACGUAAGCUUUCGACGGACUCCCCGCCCCCUCUUAUGUAACUUACCCGAUUUGGAUAGAAUUUUAUCUUUUUCGGAUUUAGUUUAAGGGAAUAUUGAAACUUAUCUGGAAGUAUCAAUCUCAUCUAUUUUGUUCGUUGACUAGCGAGUUCGAGUCCCGACAAAAACAUAUCUUAGUGGAUUCUCAAGCGCGCCGUUUUGCUCAGUAUUUCGUGGACGCAAAACUUUUCUCUCAUUUAAAAGCUUUUGUUUUCAAAUCUUGGGACAAUUGCGCCGGGAGUGAAUAGGCUUCAGAAAUCCAAUUCGGUAAAGAGGCCGCUGCAACCUUGUCUCUUGGUGUUAUUAUUGUUAAACGAAGUUCGUUCAUUGUAUUGUUCGUGCAUAUUCGGUGCACGCGAGUUAAUGAAACUAAUACAAUCGUAUUACGCCCUUGAACAAAAUCUCUGCAGCAUUAUCAAUGAAGAUUGUAACGAAUACUAACCGGCUAGUAAUAUUCUAUCUGCGAAUUGAAUCUCUUCUGCUAACGUCAAUAUUGUGAUGAAUUAUGAACAUACUACUACAAAAACGGUUUAAGUCUGAAAUAGUGAGAUAUAUCUUAAAGAGAAAUAGGUCUGUGGUAUGUCAAAUGUCUGGCAUUUAAGAAAAUUUCUGUAGUUUGCAUCCAAAAUUUAAACCAAAAUCCGCCCGCAGCACCAAAACUUUCAGAUAAGAUCGAAUUAACAUUCAGGAAUAGUGGAAGUGAUAACUCAGACUUCCACUGAACAUAAUCCAGGCGCUUUAAAAGGGUUAGAUUUGAUGGUGCCAUUAACCGGUAAAUCUCGGCCGAUUUCAGACUUAUUAUCAGCUGCGCUCACUUUACGACCUCACUGUCUGAUGCCAAAACUCUGUUUUAAACGGCAAAUAAAAUUAUCGUUUACGUAGCUACAAAAUAUUAGUCUCAAAUAAUUAUUUAAGUAAGACGUAAAAAUAAAAUAACAAUAGGAGCAAAGAGACUUCAAAGAGAGCAAAGUCAAAAUGUUGUCUACGGCUGUCACUAAAACCCUGCUGAAAAUUAAAGUAAGGAAUACAUGACGCAAAAAAAUUGCGAAAAGCGUCAACUGCGGCUCAGCGGUCGAUAAGAAGCUUCGAAUUAUCUAUUCCAUUACAGCGGAUGGCCCAUAUCAAUAUUGCCUUAGGGAAAGUUCUGUAUGACCUCGUGUAAUUUCAGAUACACUUCAGCGCCAUGGGACCUAAACACCGUGCGUUGACCGCACUUACUUUAAAUACAUGUAUACAACCAUCGUUAACAUGUAUCGUUCGCUAUAAAAUUUUAUUAGAAAAAUAUCGACCACGUAAGCUUUAGAAGCAACAAAUAUCAAUGAAAUCUAAUUCGCAUCCAACAAAAACAAACCUUAUUUUUUGCCAGAUACUGGCCUACCUUAGGGUUCAAUACAAAAAGAAACAAUAAACAGCAAUCGUAACAGCCUUUGUGUGGGAGCGACGAUUACCAGCGAAAGUACUGACACAAAUACGUAACACGAAUAUUAUUAUUUUAGGUUUUACGGAGCUAUAAAGUCAAAUAAAUAUCUUAUUAUGAGAAGGGUCUGGCUCCCCAGAGGUCAGUCAUGAGCCAUGACUCGACAUUUCUCUUGAUUUGACUAUAAGUGAUGUGAGUGACAAAUAUACAGUAAACAGUGACAUUAGAAAGGUACUCUAAAAUAAUCUUAUCCAUUUCAUAAAGGGUAAGAUUGGAAUAACAAAAUAGCAAGAGUCAGCUCUUAUCAGACAGGUUAGGAAUCAAUUAAAAUAAAUUAUUUGUUUUAUGUCUUCACAGAAGACAAUAUAAAAUAGCUGACCUAACAGAAUGUCCGUGCUUGAUAGGUAUGAGAUAGAGAUGCGUACACAGUCGAUUGCAUGGGGGAAAUAGCCAAUAUCUAAGGGGAGGGGUCGAAAACCCAUUAUCCAGUAGGUCAACAGUGAACACUAACGCGUCUGGAUUGGACGCUUACGACAAUCCUAUGAUUGAAUUCUGCGCCAACUCUUCCGAUGGAUAGACAAAAAUGAACAAAUUAAAACUCCGAUUGAUAUUGUGAAAGACAGCAAAACGAUUUGGUUUCAGGGGAGAAUAUCAAUAUCGGCCAGUAUCGUACUGCAACUACAUGUCAUCCUAGUUUUACAACCAUAAAUUUUCUAACAUCAAGUAGCGAUCGUGGCGCUAAGCUCACCUGUGCGAACUUAGGUUAUGAAUAACAAUAUAAUAUAUGACUACAAGCGUACUCACCAUAAUUUAUGAUAAAAAAUAGCUAAGGAAAUACUAUUGAAUAGAUAAUAAAAGUGAUAAUAAUAGAUUAAUAUCGAUAGCAUCAGCAUCAUAAUGAUAACGCUUUGGAGCGGCCCAAGUGUCGAGCUUUAAUGAUUUCAUAGUGGCGGGAAAGGCGGUGCUAUUCAGUGUAUACAACUUCCAUGGAAUUGAAAUAGUAACUAGUUCUAUAACUUAAUAGAUUUAAAGUAUAAGGGUCGACUUCGGUUAGAAUGGAAGAUGAUCUUGAUUUGGACUAACGAUUAAUAAGACUAGUUUCUUUAUUAAGUCGAGAACUAAUAAAACUAACAGUAUAAAUGGACCAAGUAAAAAAAACUAAACAAAACAGAAUGACUUCAAAUCUGCUAACGAAAAAUCUAUUUAUGAAGCUAGAUCGUUAAUUUCGCUUUUGGGCCGACAUAUUGCCUACGGUCAGGAAAAUUCAUAAAGCCUGAAUUCUGACCUAAAAAAACUAGAAAAAGCUUUUCGUUUAUCUACCAGUCGCUGCGCUAUAUUCCGAAGCUAAUCACAUUGUUUUCGAACUGAUAUCUACGAUAUUAAAGAUUUAUUAAAAUAAACUGUUGAAUGAGCAAUAAAUAAAUUAUGGAGCUGUUAUUAAUGAUACAUAAAGUAGUUUUUCAACAAAACAUUACACAUGUUAUAGAAUUUCGAAAGGUUUCCAACACUCCGACACAUCAGACAAACAAUUAGUGAAGGGUGAAAUUGGUUCUGUAUCGUGAUGAUAUAAAAGUUUAUGUUAUAGCAAUUAAACGCAGGCGGCUAUUUCGGGCAAUUUAGCCGCGUGGGCGGGUCAUAUCGUUAUAUAUGAGGUGUACAGAGGUCUGUUUAUCAACACUCCCGUCACCAUAGCAACGGAAAACGGAAAUGCUAAGAACUCAUAUCUAGGAACGUGUGGAUAGAAACCGUUAAAGUAGGAUGUUCGGAACUUAAUGGACAAUAAACCUGGAUGAACCUCGCGUAAAGUUUAAUGAAAAUGUUACGCUAAAUGUGUAACUGCAGAGUAACACAUGACAAUGUUUACACAGACCAACUCAUGGGAUGAGAACAUCGAUUAUUAAUUUACCACACUGCAGCUUUUUAUAGUCAGAAAAUGAUUAAAUUCAUCUGCCCGUUUGGUGAAAUAGGCGACUUUGGAUGGAUGUAAAGUUGAUGGACCAACAAUGCAUAAAUUAAUAUAAGAACAUAUCGCCAUUAUAAAAUAUUUAACUACACGUCAUGUUAACUCGCCGCAAGAAACAACUGAACAACUCCCAACAAAGAGAACUUCACUCAACAAACAAUGAAACUUAUGAAUAAAAUAUCCAGCUCCUUAGAAUUACACGGCGCUUUGUUUAGUUAUUUAGAAAGUGGAACUUAGACAUCUGAUAAACAAGAAUAAUCGAAUACAUUUUCAGAAUUGUUUAGUACAAGUUCAUCCUUUUAAGUCCAUCAGCGACAUGUGAGUCGUGUGCGAGACCUCAAUAAAAACAGACAAGAUAAAGAAACAAAGAAAUCCGAACGAAUUCCAAAGAUAUUUAUGUAACAUCCUUUUUUGUGAGCAAAGGCUUUCUUUGUCUUCGCGAAUAAUGAAAUCAUAACCAGACAAGAAAGUUAAUAAAUGUCCAAAAUCUGUCCAAACAAAUCCCCGACGACGUCUAUUAAUAGAGCUAAUACAAUAAAGAGCUUUCUUACGGUGUCCAUCAGAAGGUUAUUUGCUGUCAGGGUAAUGUACACAUUGACCGGCGCACCCUUAACACACAAUGUAACUUUUAUCACUACCAUAAAGAUGAGGUUCAGAUCUGCGGCCAGUGAGGCAGUGUGGGGCAAGUCUACCGACAACUAUUAUUGUCGAGAACAUAAAAAGUUUAAGAAGAUUUGUAAUGAGAAAAAAGUAGACACGGCGACGUAACACCAUUCUAAGUCCAUUACAGUGAAAGUGCUUUUGUGAGAAAAUACUUUAUACGUAGCCACUGUGUGACAAACAAGUUUAUGAGCCACCAUCAGCUAAAUAAAAUGUAAAGAAGUUAAACCAAACGACAUUAAUGAAGUUCAAUAAAUUGCAGCGCGUUGUUUUCCAAUAGUUGCAAGUACGUCUUGUUAGUAUCAAUUACCAUUAAAUUCGCUAACGUCCUCCGACAAAUAACAACUGCGAACAUCAAAGACAGCAACCGGAAUCCUUCUUUGAUGUUUUGUCAAUCAGUUUCGGCAUUAACGAAGCAUACUAUGUCUACGACAAAUAAAGAUUUCCGAUGGUGUGUCUCGGGGGCGUUAACGCAAUUUCCUAGGAGCUCCCUAGAGCCGGGACUUGCGCCACUAUAUCACUUGUAAAUUGCUUUAUAUGAGAUCGUGGAAAUAAAGAAAAUCGUGAUUAUAUGUGACACUACAAGGUCUCUCUCCAGGCUCGAUGCGAUCAAACGAAGUUUGUCACACCUUAUAUUUGUUGAGUAAACUUGCUCUCAGUAGCAAAUUGUUUUAUCUUUGCUUUCAACUUAGUGUAAACUGCAAACAGAAUCAUUCUAACUUUUGCGAUGCUUUCUUUGCAGUUUUAACGAGAUUUGAAGAAUUCCCGCUAAGGUUAAUUUCCGUUAAGUAUUUCUCACAUCCCUAAAUAUUUAUGUAUUAAACAAAAUUAAGAUAAACUUUUCAGAAGCCCGAAAGUCUUAAGUAAUUAUAACACAAGGCAAGCGAUAUUAAACUGAAGCAGACACAUUAAUUGUAGCAAGUGUUUAAAGUAAGCAAAUCAACGGGAAUUAGCGGCACAUCUAAUCAAUUAGCGGUUUAAAUGAAAAGCGUCGGUUUCGCAGCCUCCGGGCCCCGGCGUGCGGAGAUGACGACAGAGAUCACCGCGGCAAUUACAAGCGGCCACCAUUGACGCGCGCCGAACCGAAUCUCUAUUAAGCUUUGCCGUUCAAUCGCGUUUGUAAAUUGAUUUAUCGUCGCGUGAAACACUGUGUAAUCACGAGAUUAGAUCGAGAAAUAAAAGCUAGGUGGACUUAGGUAACUGGUGCCCGAACAAACUUUGUCUCAUGAUUGAUUAAAUAAAACAAAAGUCGUAAGUUUUCUACAGCAUACUUAAAUGGAUUUCUUGGGAUAGUGUUACAAAUACGAAUAAAAUAAUACAGUGAAACAGUAAAUGUAUUUCGGCACUCAAUAGCCUCCGACAAUCGCAGGUAGCUUACUCGGCAGGUUUACACGAAACGCCUCUCCAGUGUACUCUUCUAGUGAGCUAACGAUAUUGAGUCUCUACGACAUGUUCGAUCCAGUCCCCGAACACAACAUGAACAGAGCCUUUCAAAAGAACACAACAAAUAGCACUCAUAAAUUUUGUCUUCUCCAAAAGUUAAUUCCUUUGUAGAGUCGGUGACUUUGUUAAAUAGGAUUUCAAAUGUUAAUUUCGUUCGUUAUUAGUUAACUGAAUAUAGCUGACGUGACAUUAAAUGUACCGUAAAAUAACAAACCGCAACUUAGCGAAAAUUUACUUUGUAAUACCGAUUGAGAUAUUUCAUUGUGAUAUCUUAAAAAUACAAAAUCUCGCAACUCUUUCUCUUAACAUGGAUCUAUUCAAGGGCUGGCGUUUAUUCUUCGAACGUUGACCUUUUGAGUUCAGUUUCACAUUCCGAGAUAUAAGACGCUUUUACACAAAAUAGCCCAUCAUAUAUAUGGCGGACAUAAUCACCCUCUCGACAAUCGCGAAAGUAAUGGUGGCCUUAAAACAGAACUGGCUUCAUAAACAAUAUCAACGGGGAAGUAAUUUCGCUGCCAAUAACUCUAGAAUCAAUGGCAUCAAUUAAAAUUUAGACGUUUUUAUCAAAUUCUGAAGCCCCCCAACUGAUUCUAAAAGACUUUUUAAUUAAGUUACAGGUAACGAGGUUUUCAUUCGACUUUUAUUUUUCGUAAUGAUGUUAAUAUUUAUAACGAGCGUCGAAGAUACAACUAUAGAAUAUCCAUCUAAAUAAUCAUGCGCCAAGUUCAAAUCCACAAAGAGUUCUUUGAACCGUAUUGUAUUACUGUGAUCACAUGCACUUUGUAGUUCCUUGCACUCAUACACAUCAACCUUCUGCCAAAAUUAAAGGCCAGUGUGAUGUCACUAAUACUCAAUAUUGCUAUAUUUGCUCGCGAUGUGCAAUCGUCCGACACCUAUUUAAGAGUUUUUGCAAUUCCAUACGCUCUAAUGUUGUAAUUUGUUCGGUUUAUUCAGUUUUUAAGAAGUCGUAUUGUGUCUCGCACUGACCUCGGUUGCGCAUCCGGCUUUCGCCAAUACUAUUCUGUUAUCUAAAUAAAAGUCUGUGUAUAGUAUGAGUGCGAAUGUGUAAAACAAGCGGAGAGCACGUGCGCCUAGUAAUUCAGGCCGUUAUCGUGACUUAUAUCUAUAAGCCGCGCUGCUCGGGCUGCCGGGGGCUAGAGCGCAGUAGUUUCCCCUCGGCGCCGACACUUGGGGCACUUUGCGCGAGCUGCUGCACUGUUUCAGUUCCUUUCAUUCCGGGGACAACGUCCUAUAUUUUUAUCGAGGCCACCUUUUUUAUUUUCAUGUUUAUUCCAUUCCGUCAUUCACUUACAUCAUGCACUUAAAUCGUAAACUUAAUUCGGUGGAAGCAUUAAUGAAAAUUGGAUAAAAGUUUUUCCCAUUUGUAGACGUUGACUGAGAGAAUGUCGGUGCUGCGGUCGGCCGCAAACUUCGUAACGUUAUAUGCGAAGUACUAACGAAGUAAUGAGUUCAUACUUUCGGGGUUAACCAUCUUAUUCAACAUUCCGCGUAAUUCAAAAGGAUUAUGUUAUAAAGUUUGAAGGCGUUCCGAAGAAACUGGAACUGGCAAGUACGAAUAUAACUCAAUGUUAUUUUAGAAUUGAUACUCUACAACAACACAGAAAUUUUCCGAUCUGUUUGCCAUUUGGAAUUCAAACUAUGUCAUCGUAAAACUAAGUUUGUAUAUCGACUCACGUCUUGUGUUACACGCAACUAAUAAAACGAUACACAACAGAAAUAACGUGUCAUGUCCGGCAGAACUAGUUUAUAGUGAAAACAAUUUGAAGAGCAUAUUCCACAAGCGGGUUCGUACCAAUUAUUACUAAUCAAUGAGUCAGAGUGUCAGUGUUAUCGCGCGACCUUUACACGUUUGAUAAAAGUAGCGAAUCAAAGAUCGCUAAGUUACGCACACAAAUAGUACGGAGACGUUCUCUAAAUGUUUACAAGCUGCGAUAUUGGUUCCCCGGCAGACUACAUAGUACGACAGGGACCGUGUUCUUCGAUGUAGUGCAAUAAACAAUGAGUAAGCAGUGCAUACGGGAAAAGACCUCAGUUAAUAUACCUAGUGUACCGCGAGUGUCGUGUGAGGGUAAUAGUUAAGAAAUGUGCGCGUGAGGUCGACCACGACGUCGAACUACUCGGAGUGGGGGGCGCUGGCGACCGCCGCCAGCGAUGGUAUGGACGUUGGGAAUGAGACCGAAUGGUGGCGGAAUGCGACCGCAGAGGAAGAGGAUGCGAACCUAUACAACCACUGGGUGUGGAGCAUCGUGGACGGGUCCCUUAUGCUGCUCAUCGUGAGCGGGAACACGCUGACGAUCCUAGCGGUCACCUUGAGCCGCCGCCUGUCGUCGCUGGUCUCCAACCAGUUCGUGCUCAACCUGGCCAUAUCUGACCUGAUGGUCGGCCUUACCUUGCCGUACCAUCUCGUAUUUUACUUAAACGAAGACUUUGGCAAAAUAAAAUGGUCUUGCCUGAUGCGCUUCAUUCUCAUAAUCCUAGCGUGUCUGGCAUCUAUUUACAACAUCAUAGCGAUAGCUGUAGACAGGUAUAUAGCGAUAGUACAUCCGCUCCACUACAGCCGCUACAUGACAAAGCUCGUGACGCGCCUGCUGAUGAGCGCCACCUGGUCCGUCGCCGUCUGCAUCAGCUGCAUCCCUAUGUUUUGGAAUGAGUGGCACGAAGGGGUCUCGUGUGAAAUGAACUUGGUGGUCCCAAAGUCGUACACGACGAGUAUCCUGGCGCCGAUGUUCUCGCUCAUCUGGAUGGUGAUGUUCAUCCUGUACUGGCGGAUAUGGCGCGAGGCCACCUGCCACGCGCGCCGCAUGCGGGCCAACACCUGCUGCCCCACCGGAGCCAACGAUUGGAAGAGUAUACAGGUGGUGCUGCUGGUGUUAGGGUCGUUUUCCAUUUGCUGGAUGCCGUUUGUGGUGGUUGCGUGUGCUCAGACCCUGCCUAUCACGCCGCUACACAACAACAUCGCCUACCGCCUGACGUCAUCACUGGCCAUGUCCAAUUCUGGUAUUAACCCCCUCAUCUACGCAUGGAAGAACGCCGGAUUUCGCGCCGCGUUCGCUAAACUAUUGCGUUGCAAGCGGCCGGACACCUCAGAGUACAGAGGCUCCCCCGCUCCUGAGAGGAAACGGGGCUCUGUCGCCCUGCGAGAAGGUUCUAUCACUCGGUCCAGCGCCCCCAGCGCGUUGUCUAGCCUGGGCGGCAGGCCGGCGCGGCUGCUGUACAUAGAGCGAGAGACGGACACUUCGCGGUGUCGCAUCAUCGAGAACGCGGGCUACGUGGAAGCGGAGCGCGGCGACAGCAACCCGUCGUACGCGCCCGACGGGCCCACGCCCGUGCACCGCGCGGCCAGCACCGGCAACGCCGCCGGAGCCGCGCGGGCCCCCGAUCUAGUGUAGUGUUAUCGUAUUACGAACAAAUUAGACGUUUUGUGGGAAACGUGAAACGCUUCUAGUAUUUAAAGUUGUUAGUGACUGUAGGUACCCCCCUUCGCAUUUAGGUACCUGUUCGAAUCUACGCUCAAGUUUUUAAAAGCUUUAUUGUUGAAUUUUUAUUGAGAGAUUAUAAUGAGUUCCCUGCCAUAACGAUGUUUUAAUAAGAGGUUCUCUGUCAAAUAAAGAUGUUUAAAUGAUAUAAAUAAUUAAAAGAUGUUCUAUGUAUUAUUAAAGAAUAUAAUUAAUGUGUAUUAUUUAAAUAUUGUAAUACCUUUUCACUUGUAACACGGCGUAUCUACGCGAAUUGCCUGACAAACGACGCCAUCUACCACCGACACGGGAACAAAAGCGGCACGGCUUUUAACUUCAAGCUCACGAACACAGAUGGCGUUAAAUUCAACUAUUCGACCAACCUGUUGAUAUUUGUUUCCAUCAACGAGCAUUACAGACAACAUGAGCGAGAUGUAAAAUUUAAUUAUGGUUAUGUGUAGAUAUAAAUA